AUGCCACGUGUUGUACACAUACGUAAACCAGGAUUAGCUAUAUUACAUCGUUUAAUACAAUUUAUUAUAUUAACUUAUUUUAUUAUCUAUGUAAUGUGGUUAAAUAAAGGUUAUCAAACAUUUGAUCGUGCUAUAAGUGGUGUAGCAGUUAAAGUUGAUGGUAUAGCAUGGAAACAAAUAUUUAAAUAUCAAAAUUCUGAUACAAAUGGUAUAAUUGUAUUAGAUAAUGGUGAUUAUUUAUUACAACCAACACAAAAUUCAGGUUUUUAUUUAAUAACAUUAAUUAAACAUUUUGUUAUACAACGUAUGACAACAUGUAGUGAAAGUGAUAAAUUACCAGAUGCAUUAUGUAAUAAUGAUAUCGAUUGUCCUAUUGGUUAUCAAGCUGGUUAUAAACCAUAUGGUCCAGAUGGUAUUGUACCAAAUGAAAAUAAUAUAAUAAUUGAUGAAAGUGGACAUGGUAUAUUUACUGGGAAAUGUUUAAUACAAACUAAAAAAUGUCAAAUUUAUGGUUGGUGUCCAACAACAGAUGAUUAUGAAUAUGAAUUAUAUAAACAACGUCAUUAUAAAUUAAAUUUAAUGAAACCACCAAAUAUAUUAGAAGGUUUUUAUGAUUAUUUUAAAGAUUUAGAUUUUUUAGAUAAUAAACGUCAAUUAAAUGAACGUACUCAACACUUGAUUGAUCCAUUUUUUGAAAUUGUAAAUUUUACUAUAUUUAUUAAAAAUAGUAUAGAAUUUCCAUUAUUUAAUAUUAAAUUAAGUAAUAUAUUAAAAUGGAUGACAAAUAAUUAUCUUAAAAAUUGUUUAUAUAAUUCAAAACAUUCAAUAGAUAAAUAUUGUCCAAGAUUUCGUUUAUAUGAUAUAUUUCAAUUAAUUGGUAUACGUUCAAAUCGUUUAUUAAAAUAUGGUGGUGUUAUUACAAUUACAAUUCAAUGGGAAUGUAAUUUAGAUUAUGAUAUUAAAUAUUGUUUACCUAAUUACAAAUUUUUAGAAUUAGAAAGUGUACAUAAAGUAAGAAAAAAUAAAACAAAUAAUAUUACUUAUACAAAGGUAAACAAUAAUACUUAUAAAGUACAUAAAUCCUACAAUGAUGAUCAUAAUGAUAAUGAUGAUGAUGAUAUUAUUGAUGAUAAUGAAGAAGUCAUUACAAUUCAUGAAGGUUCCAAUUUACGUACUACUGUAUAUUAUGGUUAUGAUACAGAAUUUAUAAAACAACGUAGACGUAUAUUAAUUCAUGUAAAUGGUAUACAAUUUAUUCUAAGAGUAAAUGGCAUAGCUGGUAAAUUUAAUUUAUUAUCAUUUACAAUGAAAUUUGGUUCUGGAUUAGCUUUACUUAGUUUAUCUACUAUAAUAACUGAUUUAAUUUUAUUAUAUUUUACAUAUAAUCGUAAAAAAUAUAAAAAAAUUAUAUGUGAUGAUAAAACAAUAAAUUAUUUAUCAAAUUAA